UCAAAAGCAUUGCUGUCUUCGAAUUAUUAACUACUCCUUUUUAUUUUCUCCUCGCUUUUAUAAUUUCUAAAAAUUCUUAACCUAUGAUAUUUUCGUUGCUGAGAUGCCGUCCUUAAGUAGAUCUGAGUUUUAUUCUAAUGGAAAAAGGAAAAUCAAAACAACGAAAAGAGAGACUACAAGAGAUAGACAUCUGUUUUGGAAUGAUAUCUACUCUAAUAAAAAUUUUGGCUUAUGGAUUGAAUGCACCAAGUGUAAGAAAUGGAGAAAAUCUUUCCAAUUUUCUGAAUCUCAUGAAGUUCCAGAUUUAUGGCAUUGUUCAAUGAACAAAUCCGAUGAUGGAAUCGAAGGAAGUUGUGAAGAUCCAGAAGAAGAUACAAACGAAGACUAUUUAGAGUUUUGCCCAGGAUCACUUGUUUGGGCUAAACUGGAUGGAUACCCCUGGUGGCCCGCAAUGGUUGAUGAAGAUCCAGACAUUGAAGAAUUUUUUUUGAGUCAAAGAAAGAGUGAUUACUACCAUGUCACAUUUUUGGAUGAAAAGGUUUCUCGUGCUUGGAUUAGAACCACACAAAUUAGCAGUUAUUUAAAACCACCUCAUAUGCACAGACACCUUCCAAAGCAUCUAAAUAGGAAAAAAUAUAGAAUGUUACUCGAAAAAGCUGAAGUAAAUGCAAACGCGGCAUUGGAAAUGACUCUGAAAGAACGUUUGGAGAAAUUUAGCUUUCCUCAUCUAUAUAAAGGAAAAUUUCCUCUAGCCUGUAAUUUUCAGCCUGAUAGUUCUGAUGAAUCAGAAUGUAUUACAGCUGAUACAUUAUUGAAGGAACUUGAUUCAAUUGAUUCAGAUUUCUCUUCUGAUUCAGAUUCUUCUACUUUGAAAAGAUCAAAUGAAAAUGAAGACAAAAUACCCAGGGAGCUAAUACAUGUUGUUCCAGAUGCCGGUAAUAUUGAUGAAACUGGAUCAAACAGCGAAUGUUCUAUAAUGAAUUCUUCCCCUUCCACUUCAGGAACAGAAAAGAAGAUGAAAACAUCAGCUAUAUCCUCCGAUGAAGCAAGUGAAACAAAAUUCCGCAGAUCAUCUGCAACUGUCCCCGAGAAAAACUUCACAAAAAAGCGUAAAAAUAAGAAUUUGGAUAACAAAGCCUCAAAAAAAUGCAGCUCAGUGAAUCAUCUUACUUCCUCUGAAAGUACUGCCACUAAACCACCUGAAUAUGUUGAUCUUUGCCUUGAUGACGAUGACACAUUGGAGUUAGUCAUAGCUUCUAACAAAGAAGAAAAAACUGAAGCAAAUCAGACAUCAUUCAAGUGUCUUGUUAGUGAUAAUCCUUCAUCUAACAUGUCUAUUCAAUCCAGCGAAGAGGGUGGAGCUAAAGUUGUAAAAGGAUCUAAGGAUAAGCUGACUAAGAAGAGAAAAAUUGGUAACUUAAUGACAAAUCCUAGUGAAAAACAUGGUAUCGAUACGAAAGUCGUAAACAAGCAUCAGUGUUCUGGUAAAGAUAAAGAUGUCAUGAUACACGACAGUGUUUCAUCUGUAGAUUUGGGGAAUAAAACAUUGUUGGCCACUCAGCCAAAUGCAGAACGCAGUGAAAAAUGUAAACAACUUAAAAAGAAGCAGAUAAAAGAUUUAAAAACAAGCCCCAACGUGACAUCAGAUGUCGUCAGUACAAUUGUCACAAAUAAUCAUCAUUUUCACGAGCCGGAUAAAGAAGUGGAAGAUAUCAGGAGUUGUGAUAAUGAUAUCAAUCUUCCAGCUGUGAAGACGCAAAACAAAACAUUAUUGCCCAUUCAGUCAGCUGAAGUAAACGGUGUUAAAUCAGUUGAUGAUAAAAAAGAAUCUAAUAAAAAGGUAUUGAAGAAGAAAAAAGAUUUAAAGGCAGAGUCAACCUUAAAACAUAAAACCAAUCACAGAGUUGUGAUGAAUUGUGGGAAACAUAAUGUAAAUAACGACAAUGGGGAAUCUCUCUCUGAUGAUAAGGUCAAAGUUAUCCCCCAGAAGAAAACAAGCAGAAUUAUGACAACAACUAAAACUGCCAUGGCACCGAGAGCGAAUCUUGGUCUAUCGAAUAAUAUAAAAAAUGUUGGUGCGAAAACCAGCACCAUCGUUGGAGCUGCCAAACCUAAAAAGGAAAAACAAUUACAGGGAAACAAACAAAAAGUUGAAAAAGCGGUUACCAAGAAGAAAGAUGUUCAAGUUAAUGCAGAACAAAAUAUUUCUUCGUGUGAUAAACAAAUCCAAAGAAACAAUGAAUCAUCAAGAUCUAAUUUUAAAACUAAUCCAAAAUUAAAACCGUCUUUUAAAGCAUUUAAACUUCCGUUGAAAGACGUUGUUUCAAAACAGUUUGAUGAAAAGAAAAAGGAUUUUAAUGAUACAAAAGAAAGCCAAUCAGUUGGGCAAAAUCAGGAUUUUGGUAAAGAAAAUUCUCGUGUUGAAGACCAGGUAGUUAGCCCUACCACCCUUGGGAAUUCCGAUUGCGAUAAAACUUGUUCUAAUGCUAAACCACCAAAAGAAAACGUAUCCAAGAGUAGGAAAGACAAAAAUUUUAUUAAGACAGGUGACGUCAGUUUACCCGAAGAAGUUUCACUGAACGAAACUUCAGGACCAUUGAAUGGAAGUGCGAAAGCGCUGUUGUCUACUAAUGGUGGUAAUGAAACCGAAAUACGAGAGAAAAUUAUAAAAAAAGCAAUUCCAACUCAAAUUAGCGAAAAAAUUCGCGAAACCACUGUUGAAGAUAUUGAAAGUAAUGUGAACAAAGAAAUUGAAUCACAAGAUGAAGAUUUCUUUAUUGUUUCGCUAUCAGAUGAAGAGUUUUGAUACUUCUGGAUUGGAGUUUUUUGAGCUGAAUAAUUUUGAUAAAUUACUAAACUUCGAUUGAAUUCUAGAUGGAUUGUUUUAAAUGGAAUCUGAAGGACUUUAAUUAACUCCUUUCUCUUCCAUAAUGCAUAAAAUUUUUUUAUUACCACAUCUAAGCUAUUCUGUUCAAAAUUUGCGAUUUAUUAUUUGAUUAAAUUCAUCAGUUCUUUAAUUAAGCUAUACUAAACUUUCAUAUUAGUAACAUAAUUAAUUCAGCUUAAGCGUCUAUUAAAUUUCUCAGAUUUACCUACAUUACUUUUUACUCUUUCAUUUUGUGAAAAUCUCAUUACUUCUACAAAUUUCCUCAUUUUUAUUUCUCUGUUGA